CGGGGCGGAGCUACACCCUGAACCCGGACUGCAGGGGGAAAUAAAGAAGGGGGCAAAGCGAUCGGACUGAAAGCUUAAUCACAGUGGACGAGUUUGAUGUUUUCUACGUUAAACAGUCCCAUUUAAAGAAGUAAAAUGAGACUCAGGUCUAAAAAAACCACUACGGCAUCCUGCUCGGAGCUGCCGAGAAGCACCCGCCGACGGUCCAACAAAGCGAGACAAACCAGCUUAUCAUGGACCGAAAGCCCUCUGCAAACCAAGGAUACAGAGACCUCGGAUAAUGACUCCCAAUACUCAUAUGACCAAAUCCCACCAAUCACAAGGCGACCGCUGCUUCGUGGUCGGACGAGGAAGAGAGCUAUCGCGGUCGAUGAUGGAGAAUCUGAUUUGGCCUUCAAGACUCCCAUCAGGCCCAUCAUGCAACGGGAGCGCAUUCUGUCAGAGAUCAACCCAGUGUCGCCUCGCAAUACAACGUCCAAAAACAUAUACUCGCCCAUUGUGCGUUUCCUCACACCCACUAAAGAGAACGUGAAACGUGACGGUUCUGGGGACGUGCUGAUGAGCCCAGAACAAGGUGUGUUUGGAUUUGGCUCAAUUGACCUCUUGUCUGGAGAAGAGGAUGAGGACAUCUUCAGUCCCUCCACAUUCAUCAAAAACAUACCGUCGCAGUCGCAACAUUCCCGUCCACAAAUCACAGAUAUUCCUCCCAAGACCAGGAGCACCCCCGAGGCCACGCUGGUGGUCGACCUGGAGGAGACCCUGAUGUUCAGCUCUCUGAAUGUGAUCGAGGAAGCAGAGUUCACCUUCAACACCGCUUUCCAGGACCAUCAGUACAAGGUCUACAUGAUCCUACGACCACAUGUCAAAGAGUUUCUGCAGGCCAUGGCCAAAAACUAUGAGAUGUUUGUUUACACAUGUGCAAAGAAAGAAUACGCAGAGAAGAUACUGGACAUCCUGGACCCGCAGAGAAAACUGUUUCGACAUCGCCUGUAUCAGGACGACUGUGCCUGCGUCCUCGGACACUACAUCAAAGAUCUCGGCGUUCUCGGGAGGGAUCUCGCCAAGACGGUUGUUCUGGACAACGCCCCCCACACAUACCCGUACCAUCUGAUGAACACGAUACCCAUCAAGAGCUGGUCCGGGGAGCCAGAGGACCGAGAACUGCAGAAGCUCGUCCCCUACAUGGAGAAAAUGUCUGCAGCGGAAGAUUUUCGGGAGGUGCUGAAGAAGAGGAAGGAUCACUUCCACCGGCUGCUGUCGGAGGACUAACAAGACUCCCUCCCCCACUGAACCACUUUAAGUGACUUUCACAGCUCGCGUUUGCUUUCUUAUGCUUUGGCUAAAAGCAGUUGGAACUAGCUAACCUUUUGUGGCGGAUCGGUAUUUCGAACAUGCUGCUGGUUGUUCAUCACCAAAACUUUGUGUCUCCAAGACUCAUUCCACAGGGCAAUAAACUGCUGCCCAGUGUUUGUGUAUAUUUAAAAAAAACUUGAAAUAUGAUUUUUCUUAUUUAUUAAUUAUAUAUCUAAUCGACUGCUGUUAUCUUUGUAUAUUUUAGAUAUGCUUUUUUAUGGAAUGAAAUCACCCUGAUUAUAAAUGGGGGAAAUAAAGUUGUCCUGUCACUCACACUUGCUUCACUUCCAGGAUGAUGCGUUUAAUCUGUUUCAGUUCUGGGAAAUAAUAUUUGAUUUAAUACUAAAGUUUGUCAUGAGAGCUGCUUCCCGAUGAUGAUGAAGAGGAGGAAGAUGUUAAAAUGGACAGCUGUGAAUAUUUUCAUUGAGUUAACUGUGAUUAAUCAGAAUUAAGUCACAUUUCUGAGUCAUCCUGUCACUGUUAAUAUUAUGAAAUAAUACAUAUUCCACAGGACAGCCUGAACCCGGUAUACAUCCUCUGCUGGUUUGUCAGAAACUCAUGUCAGGUAUUUUAUUUUGGGUUUAUCAUAACUGAGUGUUUCAGCUGUGUUUCUGAGCAGUAGUUCUAAUGUGGUUCCUGUUGCUGAACAAAUACAACUCUUCACUUCCUGUGCAGCAGGAAAGAGCCACCAGUGUCGGGUUCAGGAAAGCAAUUGGCAGAGAUGUGGGAAUCAGGUGUCAUCACUUUGCAGCUUAAGGUUGUGGUAAUACAGAAAUAAUAUUCACUUUCUUACUUUUCAAAGAAGACAUGGAUCUAAUGUUCUUUGCUGCAGCGGACGACUCCUUAAGAACAGCAUAAUACGUUUUUGUUUUUUAAAUUAUAGCUUUAUUUAACAGAUUUGCUAUAUUAUAGUGAU